AUGGGGAGCAACUAUAAGUGAUGCAUUAGAUACAAUGUGGAUUAUGGAUUUAAAAAAAGAAUUUAAACAUUCAAGGAAUUUUGUUCGAUCUGUAGACUUUACAAAAAGUGAUGAAAUUAUCAACGUUUUUGAGACUAUAAUUCAUUAUCUUGGCGGAUUAUUAAGUGCGUAUGAAUUGUCAAAGGAACUUAUAUUUCUGGAAAAAGCACAAGAAUUGGGCAAUGCUUUGUUACCUUCUUUCAAUAGUCCCACUGGGUUGCUAUAUAACGCAUGGAAUCUCACAUACUAA